GGUUCAGCUCAAGAGAAGUCUCCGGAGGCUCGUGCUCACAAUGAAUACUUAGGGAAACUGAGUGAAGAUUCUGGGAUUAGGAACAGUUACAGUGGCAGCAAUGUAGAGAAGGAGUUUUCAAGUGCCCCAAAACCUAAGCCCACCCUCACUGAUAGUGAUUGGACCGAGCUACUUAGUAACCCCAAUCCACCUUCAACUUCUUCGAAUCGGAGUAGUGGGGGAUCUGGGAUUCGUGGUCUGAGGAAGGAUUUUAAGCGGCAGGUGAGCUAUGGUUCCAGUUCAGCAACAGUGGAAGGGAAGAGAAAUUUGAAGACCAGUAGUAAUGUGGAUAAUGGUCUCAACAUUAACAGGAGAUCAGAUUCUCUGGGAAAUAAGCUUAUUAAAGCGAAGCGGAGUGAUGGGGAAGAAUCUAGCUCAUCUGCUAGGUAUUCAAAUGUUGAGUCACAUACUAAUGGGAAGGCUGUGGAUAGGCAAGGAGAGGGCCACGCUAGUAAGGAUAUAUUUGUGGAUGGGGUGGAUAAAGACAGGAUUGGGGAAAUCGAAGGGGAUGGCUGGCAGUUUCAGUCUGAUGAUAUUUCUGAUGCCAAGGUACUGAGUGCAGGCGAAACGGAUCAUCAUGUUGACGUGUCACCAGUAUUGCAGAAUGUUGAUGGUGUACCUGAUGUGAAGAAAGAAGUAGGUGAUAUUUAUGAUCGACUAAGAAGUACAGUCAAAGGGAAGCAGAAUUCUGGUCCUGCUUCUAAAAAGUCAGUCUCUAAUGAUCUGAAAAGAGGUUCUUACUCAUCAAGUGGUGGGGACUCUGAUUCGGAUAGUGAAUCUGGCUCCUCUUCUGAUUCCGAGAGUGAGAGAGAAAGGGAGAGAAGGGAUAAAAUUUUGGCUGAAAAAGCAGCGGCAAAGGCUGUUGAGGCAGUUAAAGAGCGGGAGAAUUAUGUUGCCAGAUUGGAAGGAGAGAAACAUCAUAUGGAGAAAAUACUCGAAGUGCGAGCAAAACAAGCAGCUGAAGAGGCUUCAGAGCUGCAAACGAAUAUGAUGGAAACAAUGGAAGCUGCCGAUUUGGAGAAGCAGAAACAUAACCAUACUAUAAUGGAAGCCCUUGCUCGAUUGGGUAAACUGGAGACUGCAAAUGCUGAUCUUGCAAGAUCUCUAGCUACUGUUCAGAAGAAUCUGGAGAUUGAGAGUAAUCGAGUGGCAGAUCUACGACAAGAAGUUGAGCUGAAAGAAGUGACAGUUGAAGAAUCCAAGAGGAAGAUUUCUGAGACUCAGCAGACUGGAAUACAUAUUAACCAAUUGGGCGCUUCAAAAGGUGUAGAAUUUGAGCGAGAAAUUCUUGAAGCUGAGUGCUCUUUUCUGGCUGAUAAGAUUGGAAGACUGGAAAUCAAGGCAAAAGAGUUGGAAGCAGAUAUUGAAGUGAUGAGAAAAGAUUUGGAAGAACCAACAGAAGUGGAGUAUGAACUAAAGCGCAGGCUUGGGCAGUUCACUGACCAUUUGAUUCAGAAGCAAGCUCAGGUUUGUCAAAGCUUUUCUUGGCUUCAUUAUAGACUGGCUGCAUUGAUCGCUGAUGGAUUUAUUGAUUUAUUCACCCUAUUGCUUGGAUGAAUCAGGUGGAGGCAAUUUCUUCUGAGAAGGCAACUCUCCAGUUCAGAAUAGAGGCCUUCACGAGAUCGGUGGACGAGAACAAGGCGUCUACUAAUUCCACGGAUUUGGAAUCAGGAGCAAGUACAUGGGGGGAGAGGGCGAGCGAGAGACGAAUGGCACUAGAGGAUAAACUUCGGCCAGGAAGGAAACACUUAGGUUCAUUGCUUGAACAGCUCGACGCUAUCUUUGUCACUGGUGCAGUAUUCCCGAGGAGGAACCCCAGCGCGAAGAUGUGGGCUGGGAUUUACCUGGUAUGCCUUCACCUCUGGGUCAUUUACAUACUAACGUCACACUCAGGCGACCCGGUGGCGGAGGGAAGAUCCGGUGCCGAUGUUUCGCUGGAGAAUAUUAACAACACUGGCGCUGUAUAGCUUUUGUCUGUAAUUACUAAUUACAUUCCACACUCCUACAACACUGUUCGGA